CCAAUUCGUCAACCAACGCCCCUGGAAAGCCGGACAUCUCGUUGCAAAAGUGGAAUUCAUGGAAAAAGCGGUAGUUAUAUAGUUUAGAUACCCGCUCCUCUUACGACGUUUGUAGGGCAUAUAAGGCGUCAAAACGCAAUAACCGGUUUUUCACAUUGGCCGAAGACCGUAAAAUUUCUUAUAUUGUAGCAGUAUGCAAACCAUAAAGUGUGUUGUAGUUGGGGACGGAGCCGUAGGAAAAACCUGUUUAUUGAUUUCCUACACAACAAAUAAAUUUCCUAGUGAAUAUGUACCGACGGUAUUUGAUAAUUAUGCUGUUACUGUUAUGAUUGGUGGUGAACCUUACACAUUAGGAUUGUUUGAUACUGCAGGUCAAGAAGAUUACGACAGACUGAGACCCCUUUCCUAUCCUCAGACAGAUGUUUUCCUUGUAUGUUUCUCUGUAGUGUCCCCGUCUUCAUUUGAAAAUGUUAAAGAAAAGUGGGUACCAGAAAUCACUCAUCAUUGUCCAAAGACACCUUUUCUACUUGUUGGUACACAAGUUGACUUGAGGGAUGAUGCUGGAACGUUAGAAAAACUGUCAAAGAACAAGCAGAAACCCAUAGGUAAUGAGGGUGGUGAUAAGUUAGCACGUGAGCUGAGGGCUGUGAAAUAUGUCGAAUGCUCUGCAUUGACACAGAAAGGCUUGAAAAAUGUCUUUGAUGAAGCAAUACUAGCUGCACUGGAACCUCCUGAGCCAGCAAAGAAGAAGAAAUGCACAUUGCUUUGAAGGACAGACUGUUAAAUAAUGAGGAAAGAACACUUGCCAUCUUGAUUCAAAUGGACAAGAUUUUGAUUCUCCACACACGAAAAAUAGUACUUAUUCAGAUCUGGAAUUUAUCAAGUGUGGAUCAAGUGUACUAAAGAGAAAAUAGCUGUAUAGGAUAUUACUAGCAAUUACUGGGAGGAAUUCAGAAAUAAGUUCUGUUUGCUAGAAAGUUUAAAGUAAAGGAAAAAGAACACAUCUUGAGCUCCCAAGGGACAAUUCUUUGUCAUAUGAGGACAGUCUUGUGGCUAGGUUGAAUCUUUCGCUCAACCUCAUUCCUGCUUUACUAGCAAUGAAAUACUGACAAAAAGUAAGUGCAUGUAAUUCAGAACUUUUGAACUUGUUAGGAUAUAUUUUUGCAUGGUUCAAAGGGGAAAAUAAUUUGAAUAGCUAUUUGGAUAGCAAGAUCAAAAACCCCUAAAAGCCACAGACUUCUGGCCUCCUUGUACAUUUGUGUAAACAGUCAUUUCUUCUUAAAAUAUAUUGAAAUUAUAGAGGAAUGGAAAAUGUUACUUUGACUGCAAUAUUAAUUUCUAGAACACUAUUUGUAGCCACUAUGUGUGACCAGUUUUUGUGUUCCAGAAAAUAUCUAUACCCCAGCCUGCAGAGCGUUUUUUGGUCUGAACCUGCCAUCUCUCUGGAAAUUCCAGUUUUGGUUCAUACUUUCCUUUAAAAAUGUUGCCUUUUUAGAGCCCCCUGUUCCCUCCUUAGAAUGACCCCUAUGUUGGGUUGGUAUCGCUAUUUUCUGGAACCAUAAAUUUGUCUUACGGUGUGCUUGAUUUAGCAGUCAAGUUCCAAGCACUCUAGAGAUUGUUUUAUUAAUACACGUAAUAUAUAGAUAGUUUCACCUUCGAUGGUCAUGGAGGAGUGACUCUACUUCUGUGGGUUCAUUCUGAUCUACAAUGAAACACAGACUUGAUAUGGAAGUACCCUUUUAAAGCAAUUUCUAGAGUGUUUGAUGUAGGAGAAAAGUAAGGAAUAAAUUCAGUGAAUCUGCCCACUUCGGUUGUGGUAGCCAAACCAGUUACUCCUGUUUUUCCGUGUUCACUGAUGACUUCUCAACAUGUUUGAGAACGCUGGCUUUUAAUUAUUUACCAGUAUGUCUGUGUUUUUCUGCUGUGGCCCUAUUUUGCUCUUUUACAGGUGUGCCGACAUUACCAGUUCUCUUAAUUAGGUGGGAGAAACUGACUAAUAUCAAAAUAUAUUAAGUUCCUUCAUUCGUGUGAUCUGCACAUUGACUUAAGUCGAUAUGCAAAAAAGAAAUUUGAUGAAGAUCACUUGGUAACAGAGAGAUGUGUUCCUUUAAUUAAUAAAUGUACAUGAAGGUUCUUUGUUGUGUAAAGACCAAUUUAUAAUUCCUAGCUUGUCUUUUGUGCUCUAUUUAUUUUUAUUCAACAUUAUUAUUGAGUUGAAUUGUGACUUGACUGAAUUGCUUGAUAAGUGAUCUAAUCCCAGCUGUUAUCAGUAAUAUUAUACAUGUUUGGAACAUGCAGCUAAUUAUCUGAAAAGGCCAGGCUGAUAGUGUAGACUUGAGUUUUUGUAGGAGUCGGUACACUUAGGUCAUGGAAAAGUCAAGAAUCAUUCUGAUCAAUAAAUGAGUCGAUAAAUUGCAAACGG